UAUUUUAAUGUAUCUUAUAUAAAUCUCACAGUGUGUAUAUUUCAUCAGGAAACCAUUUCUGUAUUUAUUUAUAACUUUGAUUUGACUAAUGUACAAACAGGACCGAAAGAAAAGACUUUGAUAGACCAUUGGAGAAUGAUAUGGCAAGAGAAUAUUGAAUACAUUGUCAUGCUGACGAAUCUUAUUGAGGGACCAAAGAAAAAAUGUCAUCAGUAUUGGUCAAAUGAAGACGAAGCAUUAGAAUUGGAGCCAUUCUCUGUUACUCUGGUUGAGGAAAAGGUGUAUGCAUAUUACGUGAUCAGAGUUUUGAAUUUAAAGAAAAGGGAAGUAACUGGGUCAAGGACGGUCGUGCAGUUUCAUUACACUAGAUGGCCAGAUCAUGGGACUCCUAAUCCACUAGAUCUUGUAGUUUUUCACAGAAACUUUAGACACAAGGUGACCCGAUCUCAGUAUCCGAUUCUCGUGCAUUGCAGUGCUGGAGUAGGAAGAACAGGUACCUUUAUUGGCCUUGACGUUCUGUCAAGGUAUGGGAAGGACAACGGCAAGGUCAAUGUCAUAGAGUAUGUCAAGACCAUGCGUAGAGACAGGAUGACAAUGAUACAGAAUGUGGAGCAAUACAUUUUCCUGCACCAUGCGUUGUUUGAGUUCUUCAGGCGCCAAGGCAGAAUAAUCAAACGAGAAGAUUUUCUGAAUGUUUGUUGUGGUAGUGCGAAUCGAGAAACAAUGAAGGAAAUAACAAAUGAAUUCAAUGAACUUUCCACACUAAAGCCAGUCUAUGAUUCGGAAGAUUUUACGACUGGUUUAAAUCAUCUUCAUCUCAACAAAACUCAAUCAGUACUACCGGUGGAGCAGUAUUUGGUGUCUUUGAGUUCACACGUAUCGGGGAGAGAUGCUUACUAUAAUGCAGUAACUGUUUCGGUAUAUUUACACUUUUUCUCUAUUUUUUUCUUAAAUCAACCAUAAUUUUAUUUACAAAGAUUUCAAACCAACUUGAUUUAAUG